AUGUGUGUGUCUAGUGCAGUCGAGUUUGCUCCAUCUGUGAAGAUGUUAGCUUUAGCGCUGUCGUUCUUAUCGGUGCUUCUGUUGGUGCUUCUUUGUUUCGCUGUAGCUAUCGUGAGGAACCACAAUUACCUGAAGGCAGUACCCAAACCGCCUGGACACUGGAUUCUGGGUCAUCUUCUGGAAUUCGGAGACCCCACAGAUUUUUUGAAGAAAGCAUCGAAUUGUGCAAGUAACUACGGUGGAUUGAUGAGAAUAUGCCUGCCACCUAGCUGGACAGUCGUCGUAAUAACUGAUAGAGAUGUCACCAAGAAAAUAUUCGAGGAAACCAUAGAUAAGUCUACAGAUUAUGACUACUUCAAACCAUGGCUAGGUACUGGACUUCUGACAAGUAAAGGUGACAAAUGGAAACAACGUAGGCGCCUACUUGCACCGUGUUUUGGAAGCCUGGAACUCAUGAAAGGAUUCAUCAGUGUUUUCGAAACGCUAGGAGUUGAGCUGAUAGCGAAACUUCAGAAUGAAGAUGGCAAUACAAACUUGGAUUUGAUACCAUUCAUGAAGAGAUACACGUUGGAUGUUCUUUGUGAAACUUCGAUGGGAGUUCCAUUGACUUCAGAUGGUGAAUCAUACAGGGAGAGUUUGGAAAACCUAUGUGGGGUGCUGGUGAACAGAUUGAAAGUUCCGUACAAAAGAAUAGACUCUUUAUUCCGCCUGACAGAAGACUAUCACAUCCAAAAACGAUCAAUCAAAGUUAUAGAUUCUUUUUUUGACGAAAUAUUCGAGAAAAAGUUGAAGCUACUGAAUGAAGGUAGAACCAAUAAUGGAAAGAGGCUUGCUUUCCUAGAUUUACUGAUGGAGUUCUACAAAACUGGAGAACUUACUAAGGAAGAUAUACGAGCUGAAGUGAACACUAUAAUGUUUGGGGGUCACGAUACAACAGCUGCUGGUUUGGCAUUCACCCUGUAUACAUUGGCUAAUAAUUCACACGUACAGGAGAAAGUAGUUGAAGAACAACUCAGUAUUUUUGGUACUUUAAAAAAUGUGCCGCAACAAACGUUCGAGGAUAUACAACAAAUGAAAUAUUUGGAAAUGGUUAUAUACGAGGCACUAAGACUGUAUCCUCCUAUUCCUGUUAUAGCAAGGCAGUUGCCUAAUGAUAUAGAUUUAGGAGAUAUGGUAUUGCCCAAGGAUCUGAAUGUCAUUGUAUUCAUAUACGGAGCACACCACGAUCCAGUAUAUUUUCCUGACCCAGAAAAAUUCAUACCGGAAAGAUUCGAAAACGGAGAAGUACUGCCUUUUACUCAUUUUCCAUACAGUAUAGGUCAGAGGAGUUGUAUAGGAAAAAAGUUUGGUUUGAUAGAAAUGAAAAGCUGUCUUUCAAAGAUAGUGAGGAAUUUCAAGUUGCUGCCGUCAGUGCCACUGUCUGAACCAAUGUUAGUCCAUGAAUUAACGUUGACAUCUUUAAAUGGAGUGAAGAUAUCGGUAGAGAGGAGGGAGUGA